UCUCUCAGCAGAUCAUGAAAUCAAACCUCCGAUGCUGUCUUCUACUCGCAUUCCUCUGUUUGAUUUCAAUCCCAAUUUCGGCUUCAGCUUUCUCCGAGCAAUUAUUAGGAGUAGCUCCUGAAGAUGAAAAGUACUUCCAAUCCAAUGUGAUCGAAUGCAAAGAUGGGUCGGGGAAAUUCAACGAAGAGAAGCUGAAUGAUGAGUUCUGUGAUUGCCCAGAUGGAACUGAUGAGCCAGGAACAUCAGCAUGCCCAGAUGGAAGAUUCUACUGUCGCAAUGUGGGCCACACUCCACUAACGUUGUUCUCUUCAAGAGUGAAUGAUGGUAUUUGUGAUUGCUGUGAUGGGACCGAUGAGUAUGAUGGUAAAGUGAAGUGUCCAAAUACUUGCUGGGAGGCUGGUAAAGUAGCCCGGGACAAACUAAUGAAGAAGAUUGUGACGUAUCAGGAGGGUGUUACUAUAAGGAAGCAAGAAGUGGAAAAAGCAAAACAGGCAAUUGUUAAUGACGAAGUGGAGUUGUCAAAACUGAAAGAUGAGGAGAAGAUACUCAAGGGGUUGGUUGAACAACUCAGAGAGCGCAAGGAACAGAUAGAAGAGGCAGAGGAGCAAGAACGCAGAGAGAAAGAGAAGGAAGAGGAGAGUCUAAGAGAAGCAGAGAGGAAUGCGAACAAGCAAGAUAAACAACACUUAGAAACUCCGCGUGAUCAAACAAAUGAGGUUGAAGGCAAAUCACUAGAGGAAUUGGGUCAGCAUGCAGAAGAAGACAGUGGUGAUGCUGUGGUUGAAGAUGAAACUGGUCAUGAGUCUGGAACUGGAAGUGUGACAUCUCGCUAUGAUGUAUUAAAAGAGGAGCAAGAAAAAUCUGAAAAUACUGAAGGGCUGUCUAGAGAAGAACUGGGCCGUCUUGUAGCUUCUCGUUGGACAGGAAAAAGUGCUGGUCAGCAAGCCAGUGGAUUAGAUGGUGCGAAGGGAGUAGAACAUGAACAUAAUCCAGAGAUCCCUGAUGUUACAGAAGACGAUCGUGUUGAUGACGACUAUAAAGACCACUCUUCAAGAACAGACGGAGAUGGCCAGAAGGACGGCGAUGAUGAAAUGGAAGGCAGCGAGAUGGAUGAUGAGCUUGGCGACGAGGACUAUGAUCCUCUCGAGUCGUAUGACACAAACGUGGAAGACAAAGUGGAGUUUUCAGAUGUUACGAACCCAAGUAGCCAAUCUUGGCUGGAUAAGAUACAGCAAACUGUCCGAAACAUCUUACAGGCAGUUCCCUUGUUUAAGACUCCAGUGGAUAAAUCAGAGGCUGCUCUUGUCCGAAAGCAAUAUGAUGAUUCUAGUCAGAAGUUGUUCAAACUCCAAUCAAGAAUUUCGAGUCUGACUGAAAAGCUCAAAAAUGAUUAUGGGAUGGAGAAGGAAUUCUAUUCAUUCUACGAUACUUGCUUUGAGAACAAGCAGAAUAAGUAUGUCUACAAGGUUUGUCCAUAUAAAGAAGCUUCCCAGGUGGAAGGCUACAGUACUACUCAUCUAGGGCAAUGGGACACAUUCAAGGAUUCUUACAAAGUCAUGCAAUUUACCAAUGGUGAUAGUUGCUGGAAUGGGCCCAAUAGAAGUUUAAAGGUGACGCUUCUGUGCGGAUUGAACAACAAACUCACUGAUAUUGACGAACCAAGCCGUUGCGAAUAUGUUGCGUUGCUUUCAACACCUGCAUUAUGCCUUGAGGAAAAGCUAAAGGAACUGCAACAUGAACUGGAUUUGAUGAACAUGAACCAACCUCAAAGCCACGAUGAGCUGUAAUCUCCAUGCAGAAUGACCAUUAAAAAAAUAAAUAAAAAAUUCAUACAUGCAGCGGCAAGAGUAUCCAUCCAAGCUCAGACUGACAUUGGUGUUCAUCCCUUGUUGAUCCUAUAGAGAUAAUCGAAACAGCUGUUUACGGCCAUAUGACCACCACGAGAUUUGAAGAGGACUCCGUAUAUCAUUUUUUUGGGGCCCACUUCACCUUACGUGCUAUGGUAAUAUUCUUUUUUCUUCUAAUUGAAAGGGUAGAUGGAACUUGAGGCCCAUGACCACAAAUCAAGGUCAGAGAGGCUGAUCUUGAUCCAGAUUUGUUCAAAAGAAUAGAUGGACAUUUUAUAUCCUCUUUUCUCUAUUAUUAUUAUUA